AUUUCCGUUCUGGGAUCGAGUUGCGACCAAAAAAGGACGAUUGGAAUAGGAAGUCCAAACUCUGCGUCCCUCUGGUCUUUUCUCUCUCUCUCUCGGGCCGCCUCUGCGUUAGGGAAGUGUGUGCGAGGAAGGGACGGCCGGGCGGGCGGGCUUUGUGAUGCGGCGGGAGGAGCUCCUGCCAGCCUGGGCUUUCCUGGGGAAAAUGCUGGUGGUUGGCGCAAGGAAAGCCUUGUUGUCCUGACUCCUGAGAGCAUGUGGUGAAGAAGGAGCCGGGACCCUCUGCGAUGAUCCCGCUGGGGGUCAGCGUGGGAAGCAAAGGCCCUGCCCGGAGCAGAAGGGUGGUGCCCCGCCUGGAGAUAUCCCAUGCUAUCCCGUCAUCUACAGCGUCUGGGCAGAGAUUGGGUUGCCCAUUGGAAUCUCACUCAAAGACGCCUCCAGGAUGGCCACGCUUAUAAGUGCAUGAAGUGGACAGAGUACUGUUCUUGGGCUUCUUACCCACACUUGAGCACUCAGGGUUGCCUAGGGAACUGGCGACUUCCUCUGUUCUGCAACUGGCAACUUCCCGACCUCGUGCAAAACCGUUCCAUUCACCUCUGUACUCCUAAGAUGAAGUCUGAGGGAGAUGAGCCAUCUUUAAAACGAAGACGGCAUAGUGGGGAUCAGGACAUUAGUUGCAGCAGCCCUAUUGAAAAAUUUAGUACUUCUUUUCCAAGUGAAAUUUCACCAUCUCCUACUCAAACACAACAUGAAGAAGGAAGCACUCCAGAACCAAGGGGUGUGAUCAAAAGGCACUGGGAAUACUUCUGCCAGCAAAGUAAAAAAAUGAAGAUCCUUGAUGAGGAUAAGCAAGUCAGCCAGGACAAUAAAGGCCCACAGGAAAAGUUUGAUUUCACUGUGAUGUCAUACAACAUCCUUUCCCAGGAUUUGUUAGAAGACAACUCCCACCUAUAUAAACACUGCAGGCGGCACAUACUAGCUUGGAACUAUCGGUUUCCUAACAUUCUCUCAGACAUCAAACAGCUGGAUGCAGAUGUGCUUUGUUUGCAAGAGGUACAAGAAGACCAAUUUGGAACAGAGAUCAAGCCAAGUUUGGAAGCCUUAGGCUAUCAUUGUGAGUACAAGAUGAGGACAGGAAGGAAACCAGAUGGCUGUGCUACUUGCUUCAAGACCUCUAAGUUUCAUCUCCUCUCAUCAAACCCUGUGGAAUUCUUCCGCCAUAAUAUCCCACUCCUGGACAGAGAUAAUGUGGGCCUGGUCUUGCUUCUGAAGCCUCUCUCUUCCUGCAAGGCCACCACAGCCAUCUGUGUGGCCAAUACACAUCUACUGUACAAUCCAAGACGUGGGGACAUUAAACUAACCCAACUAGCCAUGCUGCUGGCAGAAAUUACCAAUGUAGCCAUCCAGGACAACGGGCGUUUCUGCCCCCUUAUCCUCUGUGGUGACUUCAAUUCUGUCCCUCACUCUCCAUUGUACAAUUUCUUAAGGGAAGGAAAACUGAAUUAUGAAGGAUUGCCUAUUGGGAAAGUGUCUGGCCAAGAGGAGUCCCCUCGGGGCAAAAGGAUACUAUCUAUUCCUAUUUGGCCUCCAAGCCUUGGCAUCUCUCAAGACUGCAUGUAUGAGGAACAAAAGAGGCAACUGGAAGAAGAGAGAGAGAGAGAAAAACCUCAAGCAGCAAGCUUGGAGAAUUCAGAAGAGAGCCUAAUAAUAACCAAAAGGCUACCCACAGAUUUGCACCACAGCUUUCAGUUGUCUUCGGUCUACUCUCAUUAUUUGCCUGGCAGCGGAGUCCCUGAAGUCACCACUUGCCACUCCAGAAGCUCAGUCACUGUGGAUUACAUCUUUUAUUCUGCCGCAAAGUUCAGCCCAGCCAAGCAGCCAGGAGCCGAACAUAUAUUUGAUGGAGGCCUGAAUCUUCUUGGUAGACUCUCACUUCUAACGGAACGGGAUUUGUGGACAGUCAAUGGGCUUCCCAAUGAAACCAACUCCUCCGACCAUCUCCCUCUCCUAGCUAAGUUCAGGCUGGAAGAGUAGCACCCCAGUAAUUAGAAUGGAUUGUGGGGGUUUUGUCCCCUCCCUGGUCUUCUGCUUAAUUCUACAAUGGUUGAAAAGACUGGAAAGAGUAUCCCUCCCACAUGGAUUUCUUUCCUUGUAAAAUUCUUUUGUAAAUUAUUGGAGCAGUUCAGAUAAUGGUAGUUUUAUGUCGGGAUUCCUCUUUUUUAAUAAGGAAAAGUAUUUGUGCUGUAUUUUUAAAAAUGUCCUUGCUUUACACAGAGGCGGUAUAAAGUGCUUUUUAAAAUAUAAA